UCUACAGUCAGCAGUACGACUUCGCCCUCAGACCUUGAGUUGCUGCUUUUAGUCUUACCGUUCACCAAUCGACCUGCCUGGCAUGGUAGAACCUACAGGAACAUAUGUUCCAGCCAAUAUAGCUCGGUUGGGUCAUCACGAUAGGCAAGCCCGACCACCGCGUCAAGGUAGCAGCUUCGGUCGGGAUUAUCCGACUACUUAACAAAAAGCACGAAAAUCCGGAACGUAAUUCAGAUCUCAAACAAUAUUAACUCCAGCCUCAACGUACUUAAAGACUUGUAAAAUCUAUCGAUUCUUGUUCCUUAAUAAUUAUGAACCCUAAAGACCGCUCUGACCUUCCUUUCAUUCUUCUGGUUGAAAAUGGCAGGAUGUAUUGGGAAUAAUUAAACAGGAAGCACAGGUUUCCCAAAAUUGAACCACUGGUGAUUUUCAGGCUUACCCGGGGGAAAGACACAGGACACUCAAUUCAUCCAAGACUCUAUAUGACAUUCAGUUACACUGCUGACUUGGAGGAUGUUUUGCUGGCCAGUCACUUGCUGUAAUCAAAAGAUGUCAGGAUAAUGUCUGACAUACCAUAUUCUGAGCACUAUCUCAUUAAAAACAUCCAAAGGAAUCUCAUGAGGCGUUCUUAGGCGGAAGAAACAUCAUUGUGCAAGGUGUCCCAGAAAAUAUGGGCCCUGAUAAUGCUGUUAACGAUAUUCAAGAUUGGAUGUUCAUAAAGCUUAAGGACAUAUUGACCCGAAAAGUAGUACGAUUAGCCAAGAAAUGCGAGGAUCCUAGACCACGGCCAAUGGUGAUAACUUCCCUAUCUCCCUAAAUGCUUUGGCGAUAGUCUCACCUGCAAUUCAACAGGAGUUUCGAAAGUGUACCUAAUUGGCGGAUUGGUGUAUCAGCUGCAGCAUCUAGGCAAGAACACUGCCUGGCUCGGGUGUAUUUCACUCUACUAUGUUGACAGAAGCGGCUUCAACCUUAACAAAACCGCUUAGCGUGAUGCUCUCACAUUCGCUAAGCCGAGGCAGGGUCUCAGAAAACUGAAAGUUGGCACACAUCGCACCAAUUUUCAAAGUUGGCUGAUGCUAUGAACCUUCAAGCUACCGACCGGUAACACUUCUCUCAGUACCCUUAGAAGUUAUGGAGUCCUUGAUAGAUGACGGUUCACGUGACUGAUUCUUAUUCGCGAACUCCUUUUCACUAUAACAAAACUUUUAGAGAGGCUCACUCCUGUAUAACUAACAUCCUGACUGCGGUGGACGGGUCGAAAACCGUCUUUGCUUGCGAGAGAAAGACUCGUGUCAUAUAACUUGAUCCCUUAAAGGCAUUUGAUAGGGCCAAUCAUAUGUCUCUUCAAUAAGCUCAAAGUGUUACAUAUCAAGUUGCCAUCAAUAAACUGGUUCAUACAUAAUAUCUAAGUAAUCAGGUUUCUAAGGUUAGAGUCAACUUCACUUUUUCUCAAACUACAGAAUGUCCUAGUGGUAUCCCCAGGGCUUAGUACUAGAACUUAUCUCUUUAUAUACAUGACUUCCUCUGUAUCUUCUGAGUUACUGAUUCAAACAGAUGAUGUUAAACUGUGGAGAAAAGUUUUAAACCAAGAUGAUAAGCUGGCACUUCUGGAAGAUCUAACUUAGCUUUGAAGUUUGGCGGAUAACAACGGAUUUAUUUUCAACACUUCAAAGUUCCCAACUGGAGGCAUCGGGGACCCACUGCUACUAAAUACAGAAACUCGUUAAGUGGAAGCUUCUAUCCCGUCCACAACCAUUCGAGUGGGACUUCAGAAAUGUCAACAAAAGUUUUUUCUAAGUUCAGUGUUUUCCAUAUUUUUUUUUGUCUCUCGUACCAAGAUUUGACUCAGUGUUUUUUUUAUGACGUUUGUUAUCAUAAUAUGCCCAUCUUUUUUAUUAAAAGUCAUUACUUCUCGAUAUAUCAAACUGAAUAUAACCAAUGCAGUCGAAUGACUAAACGAAGACCAAACAGCUGUUACCAAAGAGAAAUCAAUCUAUUUAUAUAAGAUUGUCACAGAAAUAUUAGCAUAAAUAUGAGUUGUUUAUUUCUAACUUAAAUUACUGGUGUUACCAGUUAAGGUUCGUUAGUUGUCCACAUACUCGCUUCCGAGUAUCCUUUUCAACUGUUACUUAUGAAGUACUAGAAAAACAUGAAGAUUUGUCUUUUGUUGUUCUCUAUAGUCUCAUGGUUGAUCCAUUACCGUCUACAAGUCAAACACAACCCAGUAAGCCUUUUUCAGUGAACAUUAGAGAUUCUUUUGAAAAGAUAAUGAGACCCCGGCACCUAACAUCCUGGAAUCAAGUUGAAGAGGCCAUAGACCUUUUGCAGAAAGUUUGUUCCAUAAAUAUUGGCUAACAUACAUAGAUGACCUAUACACACUAUGUAGUUAGAGAAAGCAAAUUAAAUAAAGAAGAGCCUGGACUCCAUUACCACUAUGUCGUGUAUGUGUGCACUUUUGGCCACAAAAGAAAGCCUGAAGGUACUGGGCAAAGAGUUAAAGGAUCAAAAUUCACUGGCUGUAAAUCCAUGUUUAGAAUCAGAUAUGAGCAUAACAGAUAUAUAAUACCGGCUUCUAAAACAGUACACAACCAUCCGUGCGACAGGGAAUAUUUAACAAACGACCCUUGGUCCAGAAAGCUCAGACAAGACCAGUUGCAAGUUUUAACCCCGAUGAUCACAGUUGGUUCAGAACCAAAUGAAAUAAUUAAGUAUGUUGAUGAAACCUUCAACAAAACCAUCACGUUCAACGAUUAUAAAAAUCUCCGACACAAAGUUGCUAAAAGUAAGUUUCCUUAUAGUUAAAGAUUGUCAGGUUGUAGAAUUCAAAAGGAUGGUCUUACAAAGGUAGAUUGUUUGACAGCCCUAUGGAUGUCACGAUGUCAGUCAAAUUUCCAGAGUAUGCUUUAUUAAAUUAUAUGUGUAAAUUGUAAAUGUAUAAGUGGUUUCUUGAGAUAAUUGUUAUCGAUUCCACAUAUACGAAAAAAAAGUAAAAAGAUCCCAUUUGAUAACAAUUAUUUGUUUCAAUUAGUUAUUACAUAACAAUGGUCACGUAUACUAUAUCCUUAUAUGCAAUCUUUCUUUUAUAUAUUACCACCUCUGAAUUAACUGCUUUUAUUAAUCCGGUAUCCAUCUUGUUGUGUUAAUGAGGUAUGGCAACUUGG